GUCAACAUCCGUAGCAGGAACACGGGAUAUAUAUGAUAAUGAAGAUUCUGUCAACAACAUUAAACUCCGGGAUUAAACUCAGCCAGAUUUAUUUUUAUUAUCCUACUUGUGAACGGGAUUGCUUGGUUUUCUUCAAGUAUACUACAUUAAACACCAAUUAUCUGAUUGGGAUUACUCUGGGUAUCCCAAAUUCUAUUAGAAUCCUAUAGAAUCUAUACGCACCAAGGAACAUGGUGAACGGGAGUUAUAACAGUACUACUACCGCCGCCCGGGAAGCAAAUUCAAACAAUGGAAACAACAGGAUAUAUCGUGGCUGUGUCUCAAGGGCCUUUCAGGUGACAGGCAUAUUACACAUCGUUGCUGGAGCCCUGUCUAUAGUAUUUGGUAUAGCUGCCAUCGUUCUUAAAGCCUUUGCCUCGUAUGUUGCCAUUCCUAUUUGGGGAGGCUUGCUGAUCUACAUAACAACUGGCUGUCUUGGAGUUUCAAAUUUCUGCAAGCCUAAAAGCAAGAAAAUUGUGAUUGCUUAUCUUGUGAUGUCCACUAUUUCUGCCAUCUUCGCCUUCCUCAUGAUCAUCACAUUUGGGAUCUUUCUUGCAUCAGACGACAUUAGCUGGGAGAUAUUUAUUUGUCAUCCGCUUAAUGUAUCUAACUGUGAGAGCCAGUCAUGGUCCCGUAUGCUCAUCGAUGGCUUGUUGAUCUUCAUAUCCUUCCUAGAGGUGGCUUGCGGGGCAACGUCGGCCUCUAUGGCAUGCUACAAGGCAUGCAAGUGCUGCCGACGUUGCUGCAGAGCUUGCAACGACGACCCUGGAAACACAAACAUGGUCUAUUUUGCAGCCAAUAUGGGAGGCACACCAAUGAUGGCAAUACCUAAUACACAGUGUUCAAGACCUAUCUAUGUUCCAAGUGGUAACGCUAGCCAGCCUGGUCAGUUUGUGUAUCUAGCGCCGAACCGUCAGGCUCAGUCUUAUGUAGCAAUGCCAGUAGGUGCCCAACAGAGCCAGAGUAUCCCACAGCUCUCACCACCUCAAUACCAACAAAGUCCACAACCGCAACAGCAGCAGGUGCAACAGGCUGUACAGAAUCCGCAGCAGCAGCAGUCAAGUGGCCUUCCAUCUGGACAGGUAGGCUUCAAACAGGUCCAAGCUGCAGGGCAGAUGCAACCUCAAGGUCUAACUCAGUCUCAGUCAGUCCCGGAAAAGCAAUCACUGGAACAGCCACAGGUUUCUGGAGUGGGCCAUCAGAUUAGUGGUCCUCAGCCAGGACAGGCUGGUCAUGUCCAAGCCCAAGGUCAGAUGCAGAUGCAGCCACAAUUUCUUGCUGCUUCAACGCAACAACUCCAGCAACCAACAGCAAUGGCUCCAGCGAUGAGUGGCCCUCCGCAAGUUGGUUUCGUCCAGGUGCAAGGACCCGGAGGACAGAUUCAGAUGAUCCCUGCCCAAGCGCUUUACCCACAGGUCAUGAUGGUGCAAGCUCCUCAGCAACAGUCUGCACCCGCACCACAACCUACUACAACUCCUCAACCUGCGCAGUCACUUGGACUGACUCAACAGCCAGUUCAACAGGUACCAGCGCCCUCUACGCUGGCUGAAGAUCAAGCAGAGGAUGCAGCCAGUGAACCGGUGGAUAUCCUUUCCGGUGAGGUCUCUUCGGGUCAGUUUAGCGAUGAUGCCGCACUCAUUUGAGCUCAGCUCUGAAAGGAUACAUUCUGAAGGAAUGUAUUUCUUUGCCUGAAUCACAAUCACUCUUUGUAUAAAUUAUCAGUUCUCCCAGACGACAAUUUCACUGUAGCCUUCAGUAGUGUUUGAUCCAUAUGUCCAUAUAAAUGUGGCUUUGUGGUGUACAUUUUUCACAUUUUCUAACAAUUUUUAUUAAUUACUCAUGAAUGUAAAAUUCACAGAAACUCUGCUAUGUAAAAGGAAAGAAGGAAUUAAGAUCAGUUCCUUUUUAGAAUUAGUGAAAUGGUACUUGCCAAAAUUGAUGAAUAUUUGUAAAUUGUAUUUAUUAACUUUAAGGACGUUCCACAAUUGAAGUGAAAUCCAUGUCAUUUUCACCAAACUUUGCACAUAGAUACUUUAGAACCUUAAUUUUCGAAAUAUGCAAAAAUUAACAUAGGUCCAUGUGCUUGAUUUUUUGCUAUAGAGCGUCAAAGUUCACCUAAAUUGAUGUUCUUAAGAAUUGCGCAUUCAAAAGAAUUUGGCAUUUUUAGACCGCCCAAGAUUACUACAAUGAAUUUAAACCUCUAUUACUCAGUCAAAAUACAUGAAAAAGUCAUCAAACUUCGCAAGAGAGUUAAUAAUUGUAUCGUUAGAAUGGAGAAUCUAUUUAUAGUGCUAUUUGUUUGCAAUUUUAAGUUUAACAGCACUGUCAUUUCUUUAAAAUGGCGUAAAAGAUAACAAAAUCCAAAUCUAAAAAAUGUAAAAUUUCAGUAACAAACUACAAACGUACAAUAAAUGCUGCACUUUAUUCAAAAUCCAUGUCAUUUUCACCAAAAUUUGCAGAGUUGUAGAGGAAGGUAUACCUAAGAGGUAUCAACAUUAAAAAAUAGGGGUUCAUGUGCUUGUUUUUAAACUAUCAGCAUUUUUUUUUUAGCAAAUGUGAUUUUCAAACACCAAAAAUGCACCGAAUGCUUAAUAUCUAUGUGAAGAAAAAAUCAAAACCACUCUACCAUUUAUUCAAACUCGGGGUAAUAUUCGUGAUUCUUGGCAGCACUGCAGAGUAAAGUAUUUUGAAAUUGUAGAGAAUAUUUUUUUGAAUGGUCCUUGGAAUAAUUCCAUUUUUUAGCUUCGUGAAAUAACGCAUCGGAUUUGUAGUUAAAGUGCAGAAGAUGAGAAAAAUCAGCUCAUACCAGCAGCUAAUUAAUCACCUGUUCAUCCAUUGUGACGUCAGCGCGCAGAGUGUAAACUAUGCGCAGAUCAUAAUGCGCACAAACAUAACUGUGGAACGUCCUUAAAUGAUAAUGGGUUUAAUGGUUCAUGGAAAUAUCUGUAACGGUACUUUGAAUAUUUCAAAUAUUUAUAUGUGAUUUGGUCUAUUUUAUAUAUAUUUAUAUUUGAUAAACUUGAAUGAAAAUUUGUAUCUUUUGUAAAUAUAUUCUUCUAUAUGUAUUUUGACUACUCAAACAUGGUAUAGAAUACAUACCCUGAAACUGUAUUUUAGCCUGCUUUUAAUUCUUUUGCUUAUUCUCCUGAAGAUAACAAGAACACACUUGUUUAAAUGUUAGGUUUGGAAGGUCCUUUUUAGGACAAACACAUGCCCACAAAAGAAUAAAUGGUGUACCACGAAGCUGCUACACUUUUUCUUCGUCAUGGUAAACUUCAGGAGUUAUUAAUGUAUUUUACGAUACAUCCUAUAUGAUUUCAUUGCAUCAAUGAAAUAUAGGUUGUCCUCUCUUUUUCAUAUUUUUUUAUGAAAAAUAUGUUUAAUCAGAACCAGAAAUUAAUUGACACAAAACGGAAGCUGCAUUCACUAGUACUAGGAAUAAUAGAAUGCAUAUGAUUAAGAGUCAGAAAUGUAGAUUAAUAUUUAUUGAAUUCUUUUUCAAUAUUCAUUGAAUACUUUUUCAAUAUCUAAGGAGUAAGGUGUCUCAGAAAACUCUUAAUUUCAAUCUUGUAAAUGCAUUGUUACACUGUCAAGAUCAACCUGAAACUAAAUGAAGAUUGAUUUAUUACUACUCAAUACAAUUGCGGACCGUGACCCGGAGGAGACAAAGCAUUGGAGGGGCACAGCAUUGUUCACAAACAAUACGGUGCCCCUCCAAUCAUUGUCUCCUCAGGGUCACAGUCGGCCACUGACUCAAUAUCUACAUGUAUAUAAAAACUUUGCAAAGUCUCACCUGAUUGCUAUACUGCAUAAAUGACAUAGAAAUUGCAGAAUUUUUGAAUACUUGAUAUUUAUGUACAUGCAUCUGUGCAAUACUGAAUUAUAUAUGUUGUAAAGUCAUUUGAUUUAAAAGUUCAUUCAACUCAACAUCGAUGUGAUGGAUAGGAAGGACAGAUUUGAAAUGAAAUUGUAAUAGUUCGAGGGCUGAACAAAAAAUGAAUGUGAAAAAUAUUUAUUUCACAAUUUCUCCGAAAUAUGCCAUAUAUUCCUAGCGCAUGCCCCCUCCCCACCUCCACCCCCUUUAUAUGUGAAAUGUUUCCAUAAAAAUCCCAUCUCUUUCAAUGUUUGUUUGGGUGGAUUUUUGUGAGCCAAUAGCUGAAAUUUCUUAAAGGUGUGUGUAAUCUAGCAGCUGUCAUAUGAAAUCAGGGCCCCGUCUUACAAAGAGUUACGAUUGAUUGAUUACGAUUGAUGAAAAUGCAUCAGUGUCAUAAUUCUUUACAGGAAAUUUGCAAAAUGUCCUUUGUAAACAAAGGAGAACGCACCAAAUUUUCAAGAAAUCAAUGAAUUUAUGGAUAAACAUUCAUAUCUUGAAUUUUUUAAACAAACAUACGUGUAUUUAAUAUGUUGACUUUGCUGGCUUUCCAUAGUUGCGAUUGAUCGGAUCAAUAGCAACUCUUUGUAAGACGGGCCCUGUUUUGGUUUUUGAAUAGUCAUUGCCAUAUUUUUACUGACUUAUUUACCUUAUACUUUACUUUUACUUGUAAGUACCAGUAAAACUUUUGCAGCUCUAUGUAGCUAUUACAUGAAAUAUGUAUUGGUUGUAGUAUUUUCCAUUGCCUUAUCUUGUGAAUAGAUGUAGUUUUAUAACCUUUUUAAAAAUAGAUAAUCAUAAAUGUGUGAUAUUUGUGUUUUGGUUAUUGUUGUUUUUUCUACUGGCUGUCACACAGCAAAACAAUUUUUACUGUACCUUAUUUAAAUAAGGUGGAGCGUGUGGCCCAGUGGAUUAGUCUCCAGACUUUGAAACAGAGGGUCGUGGGUUCAAAUCCCAGCCAUGGCGUAGUUUCCUUCAGCAAGAAAUUAAUCCACAUUGUGCUGCACUCAACCCAGGUGAGGUGAAUGGGUACCUGGCAGGAAUUUAUUCCUUGAAAUGCCGAGCGCGUGAAAGCUACUUUAGCUACAGCCAGGGUAAUAAUAUCCAAGUCCUUUGGAAGCGCAUAGAGACGUUAUUCAUAAUGUGUUAUGCGCUAUACAAGAACUGACUAUUAUUAUUAUAACCCCUAUUGUAAUUGAAAAGGCACGGCUAAAGAGGCAUACACAGUACUUGUCAUCACCAAAGUGUCAUGGUAUGUUAAAUAUUUAUUGUGAAUGUCAAGUGAAUGUUCAUAAAUCAUAAUGCAAUAUAUUUAUCACAUAAACCUCAAUACUCUAAAAAUAUACAUACAAUG